GAAAACAAGUUAUUCGCAAUAAUUUAAUACAAUUUUCAGAAAAAGUAAAACUUAUACUGGAAAAAGGAAUAGAAAGUUGAAUUGACAGCCAAAGGUGACGACGCAAGCAAGACGAAGACGAAAAAAAAAUAGCAUCGACGUAUACGUAAAAUUUCUGAACGAUAAUUAAGUUUUUGAGUACGACGCCGCCGCUUCCGCAAUGCAAUCAUGCCGUGCAACCUUCCAACCCGAGGAUCAAUACGAGCAAUUGCGCCCACCGAAUCCCGGUCCAGGUGCCCCAAUUCCGGCCGCACCACAACACACGGGCGCGAUUCCUCUCGAACAGCAGGCUCACAUGUUUAACGAAUUUGCCUCGGUUGGCUAUGCACCAGCCGCAUACGUAGCCGGUCCUCCUCUAAGUUUUGCAGCUCCAUCUCAGCCACCGAUUAUGGGUGGCGAUGUGGCGAGUAGUUUUGGUCAGUCAAAGCUUUCCGCUAGCGCGACUGUCUUUGUACCUAACCAACCGAGUAACAGCAAUAUGGGUAAGCGUGGACCGCCACCACAGCAGCAUCAUCAUCAUCAUCAGCAGCAAUAUCAACAUCAAGCAUCUGGGCCAGCUCCAUACUCACAACAACACCAACAACGUUAUGUGAAUGGUUAUAAGCAACAGCAACAACAUCAACACCAACAAAAUUACAAUCAUCAUCAGCAAAAUCAGCAGUAUAACAAUGAUAUGCAGCAGUUGUCCAACUCGGUUCAGGCUCGCCUCCGCAUUGGUAAACAGCCGUCACACAAUGGUGCAAUGGGAGGCAAUUACUAUCAUCAUCAGCAGCAGCAGACGCAGCAGCAGCAGCAGCAGGUACAGACACUGCAACACCAACAGCACUCACAACAAUCACAAUCGAAAUUUCAACGUCAUGCGCAUUUAAAUAAUUCAUUCCAACAAAUUGCACAACAGCCGCAGCAGCAGCAACAAUAUUUCCAGCAACAGCAGCAGCAUCACCCACAACCAUCGACUUCAUCGGCAUCCGUAUCAACUUCGUCGGCAUCGUCGCAUCCCGACAUGGAAACGAUUGCUUUAGAAUACCUUGAUACUGUAAUACAUUGCCUUAACCAGAAUCCCGGACAAUUUGAUACAAUUGCAUCACGUUUCCUAACGAUAUUCGAUGGCAUGGAGAGCAAUAAUCAUGUACUCUCAAUCGCUAUGGAAGAUAUAUUUGAAAAAUCGAUCGAACAACCAAAUUUUCGCUACAUGGGAGCUAAAUUGUAUAAUUUACUGCAUAUGCUGAAUCUCAAGCCGGACUCUUUGUUUCACACCUUGCUCAAGCUAAAGCUUGACUAUCACCAGGCCGAGGUGGCCAAGUAUAUGCAAUCGGUUGAAAAUCAGCAAAAAGUGCGGGAAACUGCCCUAUUUCUAGCUGAAUUGUAUAUGCAGUUGCGUGGCGACGAUGAUGCCCGCAUCCAGCUUAUAGCUGUGAAUAUUGUCUACUCGCUGAGGAAGCUUUUGGCAUACGAGAGCCCCGAAAAUGUGCGAUGCAUUUGUCAGACAUUGAAGCUGGCCGGUUACGACCUGAGUGCCGAUUGCCAACAGGACAUGAUUUUUAUUAUUACGGCAUUGCAAGCGAUCGAGACCAAGUCACCGGGUAAAUAUGCAAUGGCUGCGAAUGUAAUUGCCUUGCAACAGAACAAUUGGGGGCGAAAGGUUUCGAACGCUCUCGGUGGUGAUGAUGAUGCUGUUGCCAAGCCACCAGAGCCGCCACGAUUGAGCGAUGAACCAGUGUUUUACGGACCCGAUGGCCAUGAGCUUACGGCUGAGGAAACUGAUUUCCUGGCUGCUGAAGAUGAUGCCCCUGGCAGCGAUGGCGACGAUUUUGAUGUUAGAGAUAACGACUUGGAGCUUGACCCAGAAAUGGAUGAAGAGACUGAGCGUGCUUACAAGGACUUCUGCAAACAAGGCAAACAAUUGCAGGCUAACAAAAAAACUUAAUUUUUUUGUAUGUGUGUAAAAACUGUGUGGUGUUGUUUUUGGCGUGGCAGUAAGGUUAUUUAUUUAAGUAUACUCAACAUAUAUUUAAAAGAGAAUGUCUGGCAAAUUAUUGGUUGUGUAGUUGAUAUUUCAAAUCAUUUUUUUUCAUACUUAAAAAAAAAAAACAAAUUAUUCAUGGUUACAAAUUAUUUGUGAUAUAUUACAUCUAUGCUUAGCUUUUAUAUAUAUAUUGCAUGUGUACGUGACUAAUUAUGUGCGUAUGUGUGAGUGUGUGUAUGCAUCAGAUUUUAAAAACAUGGCACGUUCGGAAGUAACUAUCACGUUUUUAAACAUCUUGGUUUUAUGUAAAAGGUAUAAGUUGUAAAAAAAAAAUUCUAAACGUUUUUUCGAAAACCUCUGCCACGCCGUAAAAAAAUAAGAAAACACUUUUUGAGACUCGUACAAAAUAGUAUUCGCAUGCCUCCAACACAUCCAUAUGUAGAUUCCUAACUGCAACACAUUCAAUUUGAAAAUGCAUUCUCUUGAUCAUAUAAAUCUAAAAACAACAG